AUGGCCGAAGAUGGUGCUGGUUCUACCGUUGCAGGCCGACUGCGAACGGCAUCGGUCUCACUCAUGAAUUUCAAUCCACAGCUUGGCAUGUGGGCUGCGACAGGAGCUGCCAUUGCUCACGCACCAAAUCUGACAGAACUUCGAGAGCCAGUUGCAGGAGGGGAGAACAUCGAGUUCGAUGAGCACGGGCAUAGCGCUCGAACCGUGACGACCGACGAAAAUGGGAUGCCAGUUCUGUCCUCGGCCAUGUCCAAGACUGCUAGUCGAAUACUGGUUGACGAGACCGAUCUCAAGGGGCAACCAGUUUGCGUGCCUCUCGUCCGAAGACAAACGCUGCUAGAACAAUCACAGACGGAGGAAAAGCACGGCUGGGGCGAGACAAUUUUACACGGAUUGAACGCGGCAUGGAAAUUCGUCUGCACGCCAACGGGCUUCCUCAUGACCAUUUAUGGACUGAACAUCGUGGCUUGGGGAGCCAUGUUAUUUUUCCUACUCCUUGAUGCCGCGCCGGCCAUGGAUCACCCAAACAAGAAUUCCAAUGAUUCCCCAAGGAAGAAGUGGUUAGAGAUCGACAGUCAAAUCCUGAACGCGCUUUUUUGCGUUACAGGCUUUGGUUUGGCUCCUUGGAGAUUCAGGGAUUUAUACUGGUUGAUACAGGCAAGACUGAGGAAGAAUCGUUAUGCCAUGGGGAGGCUGGUCCAACAGAACAAAUCGUGGUUUCGGCCACCAGCUUGGUACGAGGAAGACGAGCAGGUCGAAGAUGGCUUUGCAAAGAGAAUAACCUUCACUGGAGACGUUGCUCCACCGACCAGCCUUUGGAAGUUGAGUUUUGUAAUAUGGAUGAUGGUCGCAAACACCUUUCUUCAGGCUGUCCUUUCGGCUUUCAUGUGGGCAUACAAUCGGAUCAACAGACCGUCCUGGGCAACUGGAACCUUCAUUGCGCUUGGAUGCGGGGUCAGUAUGUUGGCUGGUGUGAUGAUGUGGUGGGAAGGCCGUAAGGUAAAGAAGAUCGAGGGACCCGUGAUUAAGGUGGUGGAAGCUACGGAUACCGACAAGGGAACUGAUGGAUAG